AGUAGGGAGGGAAGGAAGCAGGAUGGGAUUAGUCAACCCAUGCAGAGAGCACAAAGAAGGUUAUGCCGCGAGAUGUCAUAUUACCUAUUUUUCUAAGCUUGCUUGAAUGCUUGCUCGUGCCGAACAGACUGAGCUGCGUGCUUUCAGACAACGCGAUAGGAGCGUUUCCAACGAGAACCCCCCAAAAAAAAAACGAAGAACCGCUGCAGAGAAAAAAGAAUAAUGACACCAUCCAUGCUCCGCGGGCAGGACUCCGGUUUUGUAACCAUCCAUAAACCCCCCCCAUGUCUGCGCCUCUUCGGUCAUCCGGUCGGUUCCCAUCGACGAUGGCGACCAGCCUGAACACAAAACCUUGGAA